GUUUAAUAAAUGGUUGAAAAUUUUGGUUAGUUCAUUUUCGGAAAAUGAUUGUAAUCGUGCUUUUGGUUGUGCCAAUUUUGUCAGGUAUAUUCACAGGAAAUGCUCAGAAAGCACCUCCAAUUCGAAGAAUUGUAGGUGGCUUUGAAGCCAAUAUAGAAGACUAUCCAUAUAUUGUAUCCGUCCAAAUUUAUGGGAAACAUAUUUGCGGUGGCACAAUCAUCAAGCCUGAUUACAUACUGACAGCAGCCCACUGUACAUUUACUGGAGUACAAAUGAGAGUCAAAGCAGGCACUGAUAACUUGCGAGUAGGAGGGGUAGAAAGGAAGGUUAAAUCUAUAAAAAGACAUCCUCACUAUGUUGAUAAUCGUUUCAACAACGAUAUAGCUGUGAUGAAAUUAGAAACCCCAUUGGAAUACAUACCAGGAAAAAUCCAAAGUAUCAAGCUACCCAAACCUUCUGAUACCGUUCCUCUGGCAUGGGGAACAACUAUGGGAUGGGGUGAAACAUAUAACAAGAAUGAGAAAAGGAAUAAAUUGAGGGCACUUCACCUCGAAAUUUACAGUAACGAAAUUUGUGAAUCAGUAGGAUAUAGGAUAACAGAGGUUAUGUUUUGCGCAGGUCAUAUCAAGGAAAUGAAGGAUUCUUGCAACGGAGAUUCUGGUGGACCAUUUGUAAUAAACAAUGUACAGUAUGGAAUAGUAUCGCAUGGACCUUCAGAUUGCGCAAGUGGCUUACCAGGAGUAUACACAAAAGUACCAGCUUUAGUAGAUUGGAUUAAGAAAGUAGCUCAUUUUACCGAAUAUAAUGUUUCUGAGUUUUCAGUUACUAAUUUUAAUCAAUUCUCAUUCAAAAUGAUCAAAUUCUUGUUUUUGGUUCUGCCGCUUUUAUCAGGAAAUGCUAAGAAAAUAUCUCCAAACAAAAGAAUUGUAGGUGGUUAUGAAGCCCACAUUAAAAAUUUUCCCUACAUGGUUUCCAUCCAAAUUUUGAAAAAACAUAUGUGCGGAGGAGUAAUCAUCAAACCUGAUUACAUAGCCACGGCAGCCCACUGUUUAAUGUCUAAUAAGAAACAUUAUAGAGUCAAAGCUGAUACCGAUGAUUUAAGAAAAAAAGGAGUUGAGAGGAAGGUGACAGAUGUAAAAAUUCAUCCCGAUUUUGAUUUCCAACAACAAAUCUAUGAUGUGGCUGUGAUAAAAUUGAACGCACCAUUGGAUUACAUUCCAGGAAAAAUUCAAAGUAUCAAACUGCCCAAGCCUUCUGAUUCCGUUCCAUUGGGUGAAGCCACAGUUAUAGGAUGGGGUGAAACAAAUAACAAUGAUGAAAAACUCUAUAAGUUGAGAGCACUCGAUCUUGAAAUUUAUAGUGACGAAAUUUGUGAGUCGGCUGGAUUUAACAUGACUGAGGUUUCAUUUUGCGCUGGUCAUAUUGAUGAACCGAAAAAUUCCUGUAAAGGAGAUUCUGGAGGUCCACUCAUUAUUGGCGAUAUUUUAUAUGGAAUAGUAUCAUAUGGGGACACUGACUGCACAAUUGGCAUACCUGCAGUAUACACAAAGAUACCAGCAGUAGUAGAUUGGAUAAAGGAGGAAGCUAAUUUCCCUGACUAGUAAAAAUAUUAAAUUGUUUUUCCGA